AUGGCUACGGUCCCCGUGGCCGAGGCUACCACGCCCAGCUUUGAGGAAUACGUGAGCAACCUUCGUUCGCGAUCGCGCGCCCGUGUCCGCGAGUAUAGCCAUGUCCCCUUCACAUGGUGGAUUGCCGAGGGGCAAGCUCCGCCCUUGCCCGCAUCACGUUCGACGGCACCAACUCCACACCCCACCACCGUGGUGACAGCUGCAAACACCGCCCCGCCUGUCCAACAGCUAGCGCCACGUGCCGUGCCCGCGCCUGUAGUGGCUGCGCCGCCUCCCAUGCCGCGGACCCAGGCCUCGCUCGUUUGCGCCAAUGAGGAGCAUGUAGAUAUACCUCCAGCAGAGGACUUUGAGGUCAUGGUCGAGCCGCUUGCCAAAGUCCGUGCAUCCCCCACCGAGCCUCCGAAGGAGGCGGCUGUUGUCAUGUCGACCCCGGCUCCUGGCUCGUUGCCCAAGCCCAUUUUGAAGACAGCCAACCGCGUGCCCGUGCUGAAGACAUCCCACGUUCAGGUUCAAGUCAGUGCCAUACUGAUACACUCCAUUGACCAAGCCACCUCGCUUACGCCACCCACAUCCACUAUCAAAGCCCUGACCCACAAUCAAGCCCCCAGGUCAAAGUCAGCAAUCAAGGAUGCUGCUGCGCCGAGCAAGGCCACUUCCAAGGGUGCCAACAAAUCUCGCAUCAUGCGGGAAACGGCGGAUGCCCAAGUUCGCAAGCCACCCCAACGUCCCCCCUUUGCCAUGUAUGGUUGGAACAACGAUCAACUGGGUUACUGGAAGAACAAACAAACUUUCAAUAUUCGCGCUGCCCACGAGGUUGGAUCCGUCUCCGCUUGUGUGUGUGUGUGUGUGUGUGUGUGUGUGUGUGUGUGUGUGUGUGUGUGUGUGUGUGUGUGUUCGUGCUCGUGUGUUGUCCAUCUGUGUGUGUGUGUGUGUUCGUGUGUGCGUGUGUGUGUGUGUGUUCUUGUGUUGGUCAAUCGCCAUGCCAAGACUCGGGCAUCACAGUUGCGCCAACAACGGCGAAAAGAGGCUGCUGCCGAACAAGCUGCCCAGGUAACUCGCGCCCAUGCUACUGACAACUCGACCCACUUCAACAUCUCGCGCACCUCUUGCUUGGAUCGUCUGGAACAGCCGCACUGGUUCAAGCGUUGCCCGGGUCACUUACACACUUUGCACGCUCAGGUGGCAGCCCAGUUGACUGCCACACAACCCCGCAGUGAGACAACACAGACACACGUCGGUUUUGUUGCCCCUUCAACUGCCACCAAUGUACCCCUCGCAUCAAAUCCUCCGGCCGCAUCGGUUCCGACCAAACCUCUUUUACUCUUGAAGCCGCCCGCAAAUUCUACGCCAUCAUCGGCCAAGCCGCAGAGCGCGCCCAGCUUGGUGAAGCGCUUGUCUCAAGCUUCCGAGCAAGAUGCAUCGGCAGCAAAUGGGCACUGGGCCACCACCUACCGACAAUCCUUCCGCGCAUCCGAGACGAAUGCGGCACCCGUCCAUCGCGUCGUCAUGGGAGCACAUAAGCCGCAACCUGUGACGAGCAUUACUGCAGCACGACCGGGCCGCUACGUGCCCGAUGCACCGCCCCUUGGUGGGUCGUACAACUGCGACUCUAAGAAGAAAAAGAAAAAAAAGAACAAUCAACUGGCAGUUGUCUCGUUUUUCAAACUCGAGCGUGAUGUGCUGGUGUGCAUCCAUGAAAGCAACAUGGCCAGCGACUUCGGACGGGAUGCCCUGGGCUUGACUAGCUGCGGCGCUGGACCCGACUGA